AUGACUCUACUCGAUGAUGAGUGUAUUUCUCAUUUCCACACCAAUGGCUCAUCAACAGAGCUCCCAAACUCCACAAAUGCCUCCAGCACUAUUACUGAAAUAUACCUGCAAUGGAUUCAUGCUUUGAUUCUGAGCCGAACCAGGCUUAUCAUCGUCCCUGGAGCAAUCUGCUUCUUUGCAUCUUUGAUAGCCAGUACGCCGAUUCUGUUGGCCAUUUUUACCAGCAGCAGCCUCUGCCAAGAAUCCAGAUACCUGCUGCUCAGCAACGCCUUGAUCAGUGACUUAAUUUAUUUGGUGAUAAAUUUCUGCAUCCAGCUUGGUAACAUUUCCCAACUAAGCUCUCCCAAGUUCGUGUGUGAAUUGUUGCUUUUUACCCUAACGACUACAAGCUACUGUGGGUUAAUGACAAUCACAACCAUGGUGAUAGAUACCUACUUAGCUAUUAACUGGCCUCUGCAUUAUAUCACACUCUUUCCUCCCUCCAGGGCUGUUAGACUGGUCAUCUUGAUAUGGAUUGUGGUUGCUUUUCCUCAGUUCAUCAUCACUGCAGUAAUGCUAAUAACCCAACAGUCUCCAUUUUGCAAGCUAACAUUCUGUGAGGUAGACUACAUUUUCUUGAUAGUCCCGCAUGGUGCAGUCCUCACACAACUCUUUUAUGGCUUCCUCAUUGCCCUGUUGCUAUCAUGCAUUUGUUCGCUGCUGAGCUGUUACUUCAUGUUGUAUUGGAAGACGAGGAAUUCUGGGAUAUGGAGCGGCUUUUCCUCUAGGGCAAGACUCACUUUUCUAAUGCACUUUGUUGUCUUUGCCUUUUACUUUUGUUCAAUGUUACUGAUAGUAGUGGAAAGGAUUUUAUAUAAUAGCAGUAUGGUCAAAUUCAAGAUACCCAUUUUCAUAGCUCGGACCAUGUCUAACAUAAUAAUGAUGGCACCAAAGGCACUCGCCCCCUACCUUUAUGGAAUGAGGUACAGAGAGUUAGCAAAGGUUAUCAAAUCUUUCUUCUUUUUAAAAGAUAUCAAUCAGGUGGAACCCAUACAUUAA